UCCGCGCUGGAGAACUACAUCAACCGUACUGUUGCAGUAAUUACUUCUGAUGGAAGAAUGAUUGUGGGAACACUCAAAGGUUUUGAUCAGACCAUCAACUUGAUUUUGGAUGAAAGCCAUGAACGAGUGUUCAGUUCUUCACAAGGAGUUGAGCAAGUAGUGCUGGGAUUAUACAUUGUAAGAGGUGAUAAUGUUGCUGUCAUUGGUGAAAUUGAUGAAGAGACGGAUUCAGCUCUUGACUUGGGGAAUAUUCGAGCAGAACCCCUAAACUCAGUUGUGCACUGAAAAGAUGAAAAUGCACAGGGACUUUGUAAAUCUUUGGUUGUACAGACCUAUUUAACAACGUGGACAGUUUUUACAAAUUGUGUUUGUUUAGACACCAGUUUUUUAUUAUGAAUAUGUUGUAGUUUUGCAUGUAAAUUAAAGUUUCUACAUUUUACUAAA